AUGUGUUGCCGUGUUCACCCUUGUAUGUGUUGCCGUGUUCACCUUGCCCGUGUUGCCGUGCCCACCCUUGUAUGUGUUGCCGUGUUCACCCUUGCCCGUGUUGCCGUGUCCACCCUCGCCCGUGUUGCCGUGUCCACCCUCGCCCGUGUUGCCGUGUCCACCCUCGCCCGUGUUGCCGUGUUCACCUCGCCCGUGUUGCCGUGUCCACCCUCGCCCGUGUUGCCGUGCCCACCUUUGUAUGUGUUGCCGUGCCCACCCUCGCCCGUGUUGCCGUGUCCACCCUCGCCCGUGAUGCCGUGUUCACCUCGCCCGUGUUGCCGUGUCCACCCUCGCCCGUGUUGCCGUGUCCACCCUCGCCCGUGUUGGUGUCCACCCUCGCCCGUGUUGCCGUGUCCACCUCGCCCGUGUUGCCGUGUCCACCCUCGCCCGUGUUGCCGUGUCACCCUCGCCCGUGUUGCCGUGUCCACCCUCGCCCGUGUUGCCGUGUCCACCCUCGCCCGUGUUGCCGUGUCCACCCUCGCCCGUGUUGCCGUGUCCACCCUCGCCCGUGUUGCCGUGUCCACCCUCGCCCGUGUUGCGUGUCACCCUCGCCCGUGUUGCCGUGUUCACCUCGCCCGUGUUGCCGUGUCCACUGCCCGUGUUGCCGUGUUCACCCUCGCCCGUGUUGCCGUGUACUCGACCUCUCCAACACAGUAA